AUGUCGUCACAUUUGGUUGUAAAAUGGCAACCAAAUAUGUAUAUUUUGAUACUUUCUAUUGCUGCAGGUAUAUCUUAUGCCACUAAACCAAAACGGGGUGAAUUAUCGGUAGAAAUUGGACGACAUUUUCCAUGUUCUUCUAAUACAGGUCCAACUAAAGAAAACCUACGAAUAAAAUUUCCAAGCUAUAAAUCAGAUGGUGUGAAAUUUACAGCUGAAAAAAAUUCCUUUGGUCAUGAGUGCUUUCGAAUGAGUGGCGGUGAAGUUGAGGUAUAUCCACCAGGUCUUAAUGGUUCUGCUAAAUAUUACAUACAUUUGGAGACAAAAAUUGGCAUUCAUGGUAAAGCAGAACGAUGCAUUAAUGCAGAUCCUUACGGUUGUGGUGGUGUAGGCUCAUGUGUUUACUGUGAUAUAUGCAAAAGUAUGGGUGGUGCAUUUAAAAAUUUUGUACAAAUCCUUGAAAAAGAUCAAGCGGCAAAGUGUGAUGAAGAUGGUAUAGCGCCUGGUAAAUAUAAAAAUUUGUCAUUGCGUGUAUGCUUGCCAACCAAAGAUGAAUUACUUCCAUUCUUAGAUCAGAAUAAAAGCCGUGCGGAACAACUUUGGAACUUGUUUGUAACAAGCCGUGCACGUGCUGGAAGAAUUCCAUUAGUUAUAACAGCUCGAUUAUUCGACCAUCCAAUUAAUAAUCUAUCAAAAAAGGAACUCAUCGAAUUGGUUCGUGAUACUAAAACGGGUAUGAUCGCUUGUCAUCAAAUUUAUGCGACAGCAUCGCAAAGAUAA